AUGAAUGAUAAAUGCCAUAUUCUUCCUGUUUUUAUUCCUGAGCAAGGUGAUGCAAAGAUGGUAGACUAUUGCGACAUGAGCAGUGAGAAAAUUAUUAUCCGAGGAAUUGAAUGUGUUAGAAAGCAGAUGGAAAACAAUAUUUGCUUGCAUUUAGAUGGUGUAGAUAUCCGUGGAGAAAUAUUUUAUUGGAGUUCAGCUAGAAAAUGCAAUGAAUCUACUUUUGAAAAGGGAUUGAGUCUUGUAAGCAAAGGACUUGGCUUUUCUGAGGACGAAGAGAAGAAGUAG